AUGAGUCGGAUUUUAACAUUUUUCACAGUAGUAGCAGCAACAACCUUGUUUUGUGUUGAGGUGAACGGCCUACCAUACAGUUAUUUUCAGUUGAGAAAACAUGGACAGAAGAGAGAAGCCCAGUUCACAGAGAAGUAUUUUAUACAGACUAUGGACCACUUCAACUUUAACAGCAUGGGGAAUGGGACAUUCAAUCAGCGUUACCUGAUCAACGAUACGUACUGGAAGAAAGGCUAUGGUCCUAUUUUCUUCUACACUGGCAAUGAGGGAGACAUCUGGGAGUUUGCAUUCAACUCAGACUUCAUCACAGAGUUAGCUGCUCAGCAGAGAGCUCUGGUCAUAUUUGCUGAACAUAGGUACUAUGGCAAUUCUCUACCAUUUGGCAAAGACUCCUUCAACAUCCCUGAGAUCAGUCUGCUGACAGUGGAGCAAGCUCUUGCUGACUAUGCUGUCAUGAUCACUGAGCUGAAAAAGCAGCUGGCAGCCACAGACUGUCCUGUCAUCGUGUUUGGUGGCAGUUAUGGUGGAAUGCUGUCAGCCUACAUGAGACUCAAGUAUCCGAACAUUGUGGCUGGAGCUCUGGCUGCCAGUGCCCCUGUACUGUCCACUGCUGGGCUGGGAGACUCCAGGCAGUUUUUCAGAGAUGUUACAGCUGAUUUUGAGAGUGUUGCUCCUGAAUGCAGCGAUGCUGUGAAAAUGGCAUUCCAUCAGCUGAAAGAAAUGGCGGAUCGUCAAGAUUACAGUCGCAUCCAGUCAGAAUUGUCUCUGUGUAAGCCUCCAGCAUCAGCUCAGGACAUCCGGCAACUGAACGGCUUGUUGAGGAACGCCUUUACUCUGAUGGCUAUGCUGGAUUACCCCUACAGCACUCACUUCAUGGGUAACAUGCCCGCCAAUCCUGUAAAGGUGGCCUGUAAAACCAUGCUGAGUGGGCCUGACCUGCUCACCAACCUCAGGAACACUGCAGGGAUUGUAUACAACUCUACAGGGCUGUUCGCCUGUUUUGACCAGUACAGUCUGUAUGUGGAGUGUGCUGAUCCAACCGGCUGUGGACUGGGUUUCGACAGCCUGGCCUGGGACUAUCAGGCAUGCACAGAGAUUGAUAUGUGCUAUGAGAGCAACAACGUGACGGACAUGUUUCCUCCCAUGUUCUUCACUGAGACAGACCGUGAGCAAUACUGCUCCAAACGUUGGGCUGUGAUUCCACGGCCAGACUGGCUCAAAACCCAGUUCUGGGGUAACGCUCUCUCCACAGCCAGCAACAUUAUUUUCUCUAAUGGAGAUCUGGACCCAUGGGCAAAUGGAGGGGUUCGCAAAUCCUUGAGCACAUCAUUGGUAGCUGUCAACAUUUCUGGAGGAGCCCAUCAUCUGGAUCUGAGAGGAUCUAAUGCUGCUGAUCCAGUGUCAGUCAUCAAUGCCAGGAAGACAGAAGGAGAGCUCAUCACACAGUGGGUGAAGAUGGAGCGAACUAGAUUACGGCAGUCACUUUAAAGCACAGGUUAAGAGUUGGUCAGGACUGGAAUUCUGUCAAAUAAUUAGUAAUGUCUAAGAUUCAGCUUGGUUUCAAAGUUGUACAGAAAAUACUCCAACUCUUAGUCUCAAUUCCAUUCUGUGGAAGUGGGUAUAAAAUAUGUAUAUGUGUUCAACCUGGAAAAGCCUUAUUCCAAAAUGGAUUCAAUUCAUUAUUUUCCUUAAAAAUUCUACACACAAUACCCUAUAAUGAAGUUUUAAAUGAAGUGAAAAUCAUUUUUUCCCCGAUUAUAUUAACCCUUUAUAGGGCACUCCUGGAAAUUGAAAAUGUCAACCCUGAAGUGUUAUUUUAGGAUUCAUUUUUCUAUUGCAAAUCAAGGUCAAUUGAGUCAUUAUUAUUAUUAUUAUAUUUAUUAUAGUCUCUUUCCCACAGCAACCCUAAAUAGACAAUAACACAUAAUUUGCAUCCAUCACCACUUUAUCUUUUACUUUUAAACUAUUUAUUAUCUUUUUAGACUACUUAUUACAUGUGCGUAAUGUCUGAAUGUCUUUUUUGAAGCACCAUAUAUAUGAGAAGCACACGUAAAUUUAGUUGUAUACUUUUUUAAUACAAUGACAAUAAAGGACAGCUUGAAUCUUGUAUAAUUUACUGAUUGGUCAGAUGCCACAGUGUCACUAUCUGUGAUGGAGAAACCCAUGUGGUUCUAUGAGCUCACAGAGAGCAAUGAGACCUGUUAUAGAUGUCCGUUCAAGUUACCAAAUAUGGUUCUUUGCCUGAUAAAGGGUUAAAAAUACAGAACGAAAAUAUAACAUGUCCAAUUGUAUUCACAGCCUUUGCUCAACACUUUGUUGAAGCACCUUUGGCAGCAAUUACAGUCUCAAGUCUUUUUGAGUUUGAUGCUACAAGCUUGCAAUGCCUAUUUUUGGGCAGUUUCUCCCAUUCUUCUUUGUGGGACUACCAAAGCUCCAUCAGGUUGGAUGGUGAGCGUCGGUGCACAGCCAUUUUCAGAUCCUUCCAGAGAUGUUCAAUCAGGUUCAAGUCUGGUCUCUGGCUGGGCCACUCAAGGACAUUCACAGAGUUGUCAGGGAGACACUCCUUUGUAUCUUGGCUGUGUGCUUCGGGGCGUUGGAAGAUGAACCUUCGCCCCAGUCUGGGGUCCAGAGCUCUCUGGAGCAGGUUUUCAUCAAGAAUGUCUCUGUACAUUGCUGCAUUCAUCUUUCCCACAGUGUGAUGCUGCCACCACCAUGCUUCACUGUAGGGAUGGUGUUGGCCAGGUGAUGAGGGGUGCCUUGUUUCCUCCAGACGUGACGCUUGGCAUUCAGGCCAAAAGAGUUCAAUCUUUGUUUCAUCAGACCAGACAAUUUUGUUUCUCAAGGUCUGAGAGUCCUUCAGGUGCCUUUUUGCAAACACCAGGCGGGCCGUCAUGUGCCUUUUACUGAGGAGUGGCUUCAGUCUAACCACUCUUCCAUGCAGGCCUGAUUGGUGGAGACCAGCUCUAGGAAGAGUCCUGGUGGUUCCAACCUUUUUCCAUGCAAUUUUUUUUUUUUUUUUCGUUUUUCGUAAAUGUGCAAAAUUUCCCAAAAACUUUUUGCGCGUUGUCAUUAUGGGGUAUUGUGUGUAGAAUUUUGACCUGAAAAAAUGAAUUGAAUCCAUUUUGGAAUCAGGCUGUAACAUAACAAAAUGUGCAUUUGGCAGCUGCACCUGUGUUGCAUUUUCCCUGGAAACUGUUGAACUUCUUCUUAUUUUUGUAAUAUUAUAUUUUGCUCUUCAUUUGCAAAAUAAAGACAUGUCCAUGUUUGCGAGUAGCAGGGAAUGGUAGGGAAACCCUGUUAACUCACCAAGUUGACAACCAAUGUUGGUAAAUCUAGUGAAACCUAAUAACGAACAAGAUACGAUAUGGUGAACUUGCUUCGUACUUCAGGGCCCGGAUGUUCUACCAUGGCUAGAUCACUCCAGACCUGCUUGGUUUCAUGAGUCAAUGAAUGAUCCUAAUAUUGUUUCUGCUCAAUAAAAUCUCUUUCAUUUCUACAUGUAUAGUCAAUGCUGGAUUGGCUUUAAUUUUGAAAUAAAAUGUGACAAUAAUAAAAUGAAUUGAAUAAAAACAACAAGGAAAACUGGGGUGAUGAUUUUUCUGCAUGUGGUAGCUGGAUGCAGCCUUGUAUUAAAUGGUAAAUGGACUGCACUCAUAUAGCGCUUUUCUAGUCUUUACGACCACUCAAAGUGCUUUACACUUCACUUGACCUCUUCACCUCCCGCAAACUGGAUUUCUUGUGUGUGACUGAAACUUGGCUGAGUGUGAGUGGUGAGUCAAGCUCGCUUUCAGAACUUUUACCUGCUGACUGUUCUUAUUUCAACUCCCCGUGGACUAGUGGUCGAGGACAAGGAGGAGUAACGAGUGUUUUUAAGAAAAGCCUUGACUGUCUGCAAUUUCCAUCGGUCUAUAACGCUUCUAGUUUUGAACUUAAUAUGUUUGAGUUAGGCCGUUCUCAUCACUCAAGGACUUCAUCAGUGACUUUUCUAAUUUACUGCCUGAGAUUAUGCUGAAAUAUGAUCAAGUUUUAAUGGUGGAAGACUUUAAUAUUAAUGUCUUCUGGCCUGCCAGGCCGUUGGCAAGAUUAAUUGGUCCUACACAGGAACAUGGACACACUUUUGAUCUUGUAUUCUCAUGCAAUUUGUGUGUUUUUAACUUUGAAAUAUUUGAUGCUGUCUUCUCAGAUCACAUGCCUGUUUUAUUUGAGAUCUCUCCUCCUUGCCAUAUCGCUGAACAGUGUGCCCCUGCUCGUUAAUGUA